ACCAUUUUGGGUUUUUCCCUAUUUAAGAUUGCCCAUUAUGUGUUUGUAAUUAGAUGGCUGAGACCAAAAAUGGCUCAAGAAGAACAUAACCACAGGUGUAGCAAUAGCAGCAGUGCUGGUGGUGGAAACAGAUCUUCAAAAAAGUUGAAGCAAAAAAAAGUCCCACAAAGAGGACUAGGUGUUGCUCAGCUUGAGAAGAUUAUAUUAGAGGAACAACAAAAGAAAGAUGUUCUUUUACUAUCCAAUUCACUUCUAUCACCAAUUAAUUCUUCAUGUUUAGCAGUUCAAUCUCAACGUACUUCCAAUUUUUGGCAUAACCCUUCGCAAACCGAUCUUUCUUCGCCAAAUUUGAUAUUUAGACCGGCCCCUUCGAUCCCCAACGUUGAUGUUUUGCAUCCGAAUUACGUACCAUUGUCGAAACCAUCAAAUGUUUCGGGUUUGGGGCAGGGUAAUUGGCCUCAGUUGUGGAAUGUUUUGGGUUUCCGUCUAAUUUGAAUUUACCCUAAGAAUCUAACCCCAUUUGGCCUCCCCCUAAUAUAACACAGAGGACACUGCAAUUCCAGCAGCCACCUUCUUCUUCAUCAAUGGUUAGCAAUAUUAAUGAGUCAAUGUUUUUUUAAUGUGUUCUUAAUGGGUUUUUCAUGAUUUGGAAUUUGAAUUUUGGGGUUUGUGAGAAUUGAAGAAGGACUAAUUGAAUUUGUGAAAAUUGUAGGUGACUGUCUCAUCAGGUACUUCAUCAUCAUCUGAGAUCAAUUAUCAUCAGAUAGAGCCCCCUUCAAACCAAAGCUUUUAUGGCAACAACUACACACCUUUGUGGCAUGAGGAAGAGAAGAUGGUUGGAAUGAAGAGGCCAUAUCCUUUCCCUCCAGAUAAUCUAUCAGGCCCCUCUUUCCCUUGCAAAUUUCCACCCAUCUUUGUUCCUCCCAUCACUAGAUCAGAUGAAUCAGCUUCAUGUGGCAAUGGAGGCACAGUUAAUAUCGAACCCAACAAUCCAAUUUUCAGAGAAGGCCCUUCGAGCUCAACAGUCUUGUGUGAGCUGAAUCCAAAGAAAGUGGUAAAAGAGAAUGGCAAUUUAAAUGGAGAUUUUCUCACGUUGGCUUCUCCUCCAACAGCUUUGCCCCAAUCUAGUUCAAAGUAUAAGCACCCUUCAUUGUAUCAAACCCCAUAUACCAGAGAAUUAUCAGAACUUCAAUUUCUACCACAUCAGGGAAGUGCUGAAGACCCAAUUCACCAUCCUGGGCCCCAAAAACAGCCUUUGUACUGCUUCUUUCCUCCGGCAAAGGCAUGGAUUGACCAAGCAACAACCACCGUUAGCGGCUGCAAUGGUGAGGUUGGUGAAAAACUUGACCUCCAUCUGAAGUUGUAGGAGGGUUAGUUCAUUUCUUCAUGUUUUGGCAGGCCAAGUUGUUUUCCUCCAAGAAUGAUUGUUUGUGAUGUUUUGGCAGGCUGUAGCUUUUUCUCUCAAACAUGCUAGGAUGCGGGUUUUUUCUUUUAUAUUCUUUUUCAUCUAGUGUUUUUUUUUUAUGGGUAAAAGUAGAGAUAUGAAUGUGGACAUCGCAUUAUGUAAGCAUGAAGCAUGAAGAUGACAGUGAGGAGAGAUGCAAUUGACUUGUUUUUAUUUUGCGAGUUACAAAUUUAAUGCGAGGAAGUUUGGUUGCAAAGAGAUAAUGUUGUAGAUACUGAUUUGUGCACACUCUUGUGCACAAAAUGAUGUUGUCAUGACAGUAAACUGAUUUAGCUCCCAAGAUGUGUUGACAACGCAUAUAUUAGGGACACAUAGGUUGUAAAUGAAUCGA